AUGGGCCAAUAUGGAAAGUGGAAAUGCAUAAUAUAUACUCUUUUUUUUCCAUCUCUUUCUCUCUCCCUCUCCGAUUUCCUACUCGCUCUGCACUUCCCGCUCCACUCCGAUUUCAAAUACCCGUCGCCAUCUCUCACUCCAUCGCGGCAUUACAAUCCAAACCUCCACGGUGAUGAUUCUUUAAGAAUUUGGGGAUUUUCGAAUGCCGUGUUUGUAGAAAUUCGUGACGUUUACGCCGACAAUCUGGACGAAGAAUUCAAAUUGAUCGCCGAAACCAUCGACAAAUACCCCUUGAUCGGCCUCGACGCCGAGUACCUGGGAGUCCCGGUCCCGGCGGCGGGGUCCACCAAGUACGAGAAGCUGAAAAUCAACGUGGACUCGACGAAGCUGAUUCAGGUUGGGCUCACGCUCCUCGACGACAAGGUAAAUUUGCCUCCCCACGGCAUCGUCUGGCAGUUCAACUUCCGCGAAUUCAACCCGGCCUCCUCGGUCGAGCUCCUGCGCGACAGCGGCAUCGAUUUCGCCGCCAACAUGGAAAAGGGCGUCGACGCGGCGAGGUUCGGGGAGCUGCUGAUGUCGUCCGGGAACGGGAACGUGGCGCUGGUCACGUUCCAGGGUUCUUGGUCAAGAUUUGGAGCGGCGGGAGGCUGCCCGGGUCGGUGGAGGAGUUCUUGGGGUUGGUGAAAGUGUUUUUUCCGGUGAGUUAUGAUGUUAAGUAUUUGAUGAAGUGCACCGGGCCGGGGUGCUGCACGGGGGGCUGAGCGGGCUGGGUGAGACGCUCGGGCUGGAGAGGGUCGGGGUGGCCCACCAGGCGGGCUCGGACAGCUUGCUCACCGUGGCUGCGUUUGUCAAGAUUAGGGACAUGUACUUUGGGGGGGAUGUGGAGAAGCAUUGUGGUGUGGUGUGGUGUGGUGUAGAAUGUGAAGUUGG